GUUAUUUGCAAUAGUCAUGAUUGAUAAACAAAUUGACAGUAAAGAUGUGAAAGCUCUGCAAAAUGACGAUGAGAAUAGAUCUCUUCAAAUUAAGUUUCUGUUUUUUGCCCGCGCUAGAGAUCUGACUGGCAUGACUGAAAUGCCAUUGGAAGUAUCUUACGGUAGUACUGCCGGUGAUUGCUUGAAUAAGGUCAUUUCUCGCUUCCCACGCUUGGAAGAGAUCCGUGGGUGCAUACUUCUUGCCCGAAAUGAGGAAUACACAGCUGAGUCCACCACUGUGAAAGAUGGAGAUGAAUUGGCCAUUAUACCUCCUAUUAGUGGAGGCUAACUCAGUUUCUGAACUGCAGAUACAGGGAAGUCGAACUCUGUUGUACUUGUAUUUAUGUGAUCAUUUUACUAAGUUGUGUCUGCUAUCUAUGGAAGAAUGUGUAGCAACGUGAACUAAGCUCACUGCCAAGUGAACAGCUUUCAUGGGCGACCAUGAAAGAUCCUAAAAUGUUCUACUUAAGGUACCUUGUUGCUGCA